AUGAAUGCCAGUAGCAGCGUCAAGUUCCCCUUGCCGGACGGGUACUUCCCCUCGGUGGACCUCACGGCGGCAGAAAUCGCCGUCUACGAACAGCGCGUGGAGAUUAUUAUGAAGAACGCGAUGGCUGAGUACAACCUGCACGAGGCCAUGGGAUCCCGCCCAGAGUACGGGUCCCGGUGGACUGUCGUGGGGAACGUGGAGCACUUGACUGCGAUCCGCGAAGUGGAUCCGUCGAGAGCCAUCGAGUCUUCCCGCAUUUUCGGCCGCGUGGCCGGCGACUACCGCAACUUUAUCGACUUCUACUACUCCACCACUGCGCAUGAAGUCUUUGCAGUGAACCAGUUCAUGUUCGGCUAUGCCGUGGACGGGGCCGUGCUGUGCAACAUCCACACCAAGGAAUCGCAGAAACCGCACGUGUAUUUGGGCAUGAAGUGGGUGUGUCUCCAGCCGUCGACGCUCUCGCGGAAGCGCGACAUGUGCUUCCUCGAGUACCUCAUGUACACGAAGGAUCUUCAGGGUCGAGACGUUGGGGUUCGCAUCACGCUGCCCCUGCUCCUGGAUCAGUGUCCGCCGUUGCCGGAGAAGCUCAAGACGAGGCGAAUCCAUUCGCACACAGUGACGAUCGUUCGUCCAACAAGUGACAACGUCGACGCGACUCAGAUCUUUACGACGAGCGAAGUUGAUAUGCACAAAGGCUCAAGCACCUCGUCCGUUGCUACGUUCAAGAAGCUCAUGACGACCUUGAGCUCCAUGGCCUUGUUUGCCGACUCGAAGCGCAUUUCCGCGCACGGGAUUUUGGAUCGUCGGAGCUGGGCGCCAAAGUCAGCGCGGCCUCAUUGCAUCGUGUGCAGCCGCAAGUUUUCCACCACGCGACGACGUCAGCACUGCCGGCUCUGUGGCGAGUUGGCUUGCCGUCGUUGCAUGACCAUUCGAGAUGCCGCCAUGUUUGAUGACAGCUCUCCUCCUUUGACGCGAACCUUUCAGGUGGUGAAAACAGUCUUUUGUAAGGCUUGUAUGGGCAAAGUCCGUGGUACAGACGUCAUGGGUGUCGUCGGGGUUGACAGUCACGAUGAAGGCGUGUCCGAUGCCGAGUCUUCGAGCUGGUUCAUAGACAAGAGCCUUGAUGGUGACAACAACUUUGCAAUGACGAAUCGAUCGUUGCUGGCGAUGCUUUCGCCUGCUGAAGCGAGCUCCACCAACUCGUUUUUACUUCAAAGCGACACGACCGAAGAGUCAGAGGAAGAAGCAAAUGUCGAUCAAGGUGUUAGCUUACCAAAGCGAAAGUGUUCCACCUGCGUUGACUUGGAGGUCCUGUCCGAAACAAAAACUAGCGUGUCGUCUUCACUUGACGGCGAGGGCGAAGUCGAAGUCACGGAACCUGCUGCUCUCAUGACUUUCGACCUGCGCCACCUCCGAACAAUUGCGGGCGCGGAGCGUGUCGUACAGGAGGCGGAGGAAGAAGAACUUCGGACGUUGCGGGAGUCUCUUGCUGCGUUGGACUUGAAACCCGUCAGUCUGGUAGAUUUUUCUUUGAUUGGAGGGGACGAGCUAGCCGAAGAGUUGUCAAGCAACAGGAGCGAUGAGAUGCCGCUGAUGGAGGAAAACGAUGACGAAGACGAAGAGGACGAAGACGACGGGGACGACGUCAUUGAGAUUAUAGACGAGUCGACCCAGAUCGUGUCGAGUUCUCGGCAGAUCGUGUCGUCUCCGUUAUGCGAAUCCCCACUGACUGCGCUAACAGAGAAGUCGUUUUUCGGACCUGGUCGGUCAAACGUGUCGAUCGACCAGCGACUCCAAGAGCAGGAAGUUUUGUUGAAAAGAUUAGUGAUGGCAGCAAACUCCUCUGGCUACUACGGACGAGGUACCAACAUGUAG